UGAAAACGAGGCUUAAGAUUUUGACAUGUAACUGUUUUUCACCUUACGCAACAUGAGUUAGAAACUGACCAAUAGGGGCGUAUUUUAUAUGUGUUUAAGGCUUGAAUGAAGGCAUGGACAUGCCCAUAAUCCAGUUGGAAAGCGCGAUUGGUUAGUUAAUAUUGGAUUACGUGAAUUAUCGAAUAGUUUAGAAUAAGUUACCAGCGUCAAGUGAGGUCAGGGUCUAAAGCCAAUUGGAAUAUGUUAGGCAAUUGAUAAAUAUACGUAAUAAUUUUUCCAAGGACAUGUACGACAAUACACAAUUCCAUAUUGAUAAAUUUUCGUAACAGUUGGUUUUAAUUUUCGAAGGAUAGUUUUACUAAUGUGAAAAAGGUUUAUUAAUCCGGAAGGGUUUGAUAAAUAGUUAUUAAUGUGAAGGCUAUGGCGGAGGAUGGUUCGCCUAACAAUAACGGAGAAAUGCACUACACAACCUCAAGAGCUAAUCACAAUGAACAUUAUCGAUCAAUAAAUAAUACUAAUAACGAGAAUGGUUAUUCAUCAGAGGAAAGAAGUAACUCGCCUUUGGAUUUUUCGUUUAAGAGAAAAAAUGGGGACAAUGAAAUCUCAGGAUCAGACUCUGUUCCAUCGCCAGCAUCAACUAACGAUACUGGAUUAAGUCAGGAUCAUGAUGAUAGAAAAAUAUCAGAAAGUGAGGAAAAAAUUCUAAUGAAUGGACUGGUUAAUAAAAUCAAGUCCGAACCUGACAGUAACUGGUCAUUGAAUCACAAUGUAGCAAGUAUGUUGACAGCUUUUCAAGCUGGACUUAUCCCUAACCCUAUGCUUGGACCACUUCCGUCUGUUGCCGCACUCAUGGCGCCUAAAUAUCCGCAAAACAAAUCUUCAUCAACCCGUCCAUUCAAAUCUUACCCUAAAGACCCAUUAGGUAUGGGUGGGUAUAUACCUGGACUUGUGCCGUCAGAUUCUCAUGGUUUUCAGAAUCUCAACUUAAACAGCGAAGAAUUCUUUCAUUUGUAUCGACAUCAUAUGAUGCUAGCGGGCGAGAAAAUGCACGAAUCAUCUCAAUCACCACUAUUGCAAUCAAAAGCAUCGUCCAAUGUUACUACGACAAGUUCACCCAGCUCAAGCUCUACUAUAAGUCCUAACGGGGUUAAAAGUGAACACAGUCAGAACGGGUUUAGAAAUGGACCCAGUCCUAACGGGUUCAGAAAUAUACCUAGUCCUAAUGGCAUCAGACCUGCUCAGCUAAUGGGUAUAUCAUCUUCAACCGAACACAGAAAUUAUACAUCAUCCCGCAAACGUGCAAGAAUUUUACCGGAAGAACAAAAAGAUGGAGCGUAUUGGGAACGGAGGCGAAAAAAUAAUGAAGCUGCUAAACGAUCGAGGGAUAUGAGAAGAGCUAAAGAAGAUGAGAUUGCCAUCCGAGCGGCUCUGCUCGAGCAGGAGAAUUUAAAACUACGGGUAGAAGUGGCAUCACUGAAAACGGAAACGGCCAAGUUACGUUGUAUGUUGUAUAACAGUUAAUUUUGUUGUUUUGUGAUUUCUCAGGAACUUUUUCAAUGGUUAGAUAAUUUAUGAUGACUCAUGCGGGUAUAUUUUUUAUUUUCACAUAUUUUGUACUGUUAUCAGAAAAGCAGCGAUAUUACAAAGGCAGCCUUAUCGUGAACCAUGACUCGUUACUUGAGAGUUAAAUGGUAAUUUGAACACAUUUUCCAUGCCACUGAACUGGCAUUUUCUGACAACAUUGUUUAAACAAGUUUAUAUUCAUGUCACCAGUCCAGAUAUUCUAUUUUUGGGUGGUCCAUAUUUACAGUAAAUACCAAAAAAUCAAUAAUUAAAGUAUUAAAUUAUUUUGAAUUCCUCCAUUUGUUAAGACAUUUAUGUAAGAUAAUAGAGAAUUAUUAUCAUGAUUAUUGUUCUCAAUUUGGCAUGUGCGAGGUUGAUUUUUAAUGCUAAAUGUUUUAAUUGGUAAAUCAUCCAAAUGUUUAAAAAUAGUGUGAAAAUUGAAUGUGUAUUUAAGUAAAUUUUGAAUGCUACGAGAUGCCAUGUAAUUUUUGUAUGUACAUAUUAUCUUUGCAUGCUUUUCAUAUUUGUUUAUUGAUAACAAAACUCAGGGAGAUUAUUAUAUCAUUUUUUUAAUGUAUAAAUGUGUUUGUUAAAUUUUCAUAGUUUUGAUCUAUAUAUAACAUUGUUGAGCCUAUAAUCCAGCGUUCUCAGGUAGAGGAAAGAAAUUCUUGAUCGAAUUUGCCCGAUAAUCCAUAAUAUGCAAAUGAGUCGAUUGUCAAUCGUAACAUGCUACAUAUCCAAUUUUGUAGAAAAACAAUUUUAUAUUUCAUUAAGAGCGAUGUAAUCGAAUUUAGAAAUGAAAUCACAAUCCUAUAGCUGGUUAUAUUGAUUUAUAUGCAUUUUUGUUUCAUUACUAUACUAUUGCUCAAAAGGAUUGGAAAAUGAUUUCAUCGUUUUCUACUCUGACGCCAUCUUUCAAGAAUUGGUUCUUAAGUAUUUUAUACAUGCUCACUUCAAUGUAAAAUCCUUCUAUUAUUCAUAUCUUAUUAUCUUGAUGUUAUUCACCAAAGUACCUCUAUAUUAAGAGUCUACCUCAUGUGUUUGUUGGACGUAUUAUUAUUGUUUUAUUGAUUUGAAAUCAAAUGCAUGCUUUGUGUAUAUAUAUUAAUAUUAUAGAAUAAUUUUACAAUCAACUUGGACAAUCUUGUGCUGUUAAAUUUAUCUCUAAGAAACUCUUGUGCUGUUAAAUUUACCUCUUAGAAACUCUUGUGCUGUUAAAUUUACCUCUAAGAAACUCUUGUGCUGUUAAAUUUACCUCUAAGAAACUAGUGCUCUACUUCACAACAGAUUUACUAAAAAUUCAAUCCAUUUUGGGAUGUUACUUUGCUUUUUGUUUUCUUCAGAUUUACAUUCAAAUAUAUAUGUUUAAAUUUCUUUUAACUUUUGAUUUCCAUCAACUGUAAAUUAACUGAAAAUAUUAGUUAUAUGUACCAUGCAUACGUGUACUAAUGUGUACACAUGAUUUGAGUCUAAACUGGUUUUUUUUUGUACAAUGUUUUAAAUUUUUACUUGUUAUCAUUUUAUCCUCUUUUUAACCCCUUAAUUUACAUACGAAUAUAUUGUGACCCCUAAAUUUACAUACCAAUAUAUUGUGAUAUCUUUUAUUUACUGCAGCAGCUGACUUGGAUGGAGUUCUGUUCAUUCAUCAUCCAGUCCACAAUCUCAGUUAUAAACAAAACGUUUGAAAUAGGCCAGUAUUCAUUCAGAUUUAUUUUUACUAAUAUUAUAAUUCCAUAAAUUCAGAUAUAUUGUAAAAAAAUAUUUUUUGUCUUUCUUUGUUUUCGUUCGGAAAUGAAUUUAAUAGUCAGAUAUCAUGAGUAACAUGAACUUUGAAAUUUAAAAAUCGAUUCAAAAUAUUUAAAACAUCAGAUUUUGACAAACAUUCGAAUAUUUAUAAGAAUGUAAAAUUACUUUUUAACAAUAGUACUACCUCAAUAGUGGUAUCAGGUAAUUCAAAUCAUUUUUUUUUUUUCAAAACUGAGGAGGUUAAUGAUUCUUUUGUUAUGACAGGGAGGAUGCGAAAAGAGUACCCCCACUUUUCUUGAUACAAGAAAUUAUGAUAUUUCUUUCAAUGUAAAUUUGAAUCAUAUGUUACAACUCAGAUGAGAGAAAACUCUAAACAAAAACGUUCUAUCACUCCUACUUUUACGAAGAUAAGAAAAUGGUUUAGUGUCUGAUUUCAAUGUAUAAAUGUAUGAAGAUAGUGCUAUAUAUAUUAUAUUUUACAAUGCGUGCGUGUUGGUCAACUGUCUAUACUUUCUACCUCGAUAUCAUUUUAAUCAUUUUAAUGUGUCUUCAUUUAUUGGUGCAUUACCAUAUAUCCAACUGUUGGACGAAUAUUUUGGUAAAUUUUAAUAAAAAUGUUUUACAAAAAUGAAAA